CGAAAUUUCAGCGGUUUCAGUUACCAAGAGAUCGCAGCGCCAUCUGCUUAUAUAAAACAACUAAGCCUUGUUCUUCCGAGCCCCACUUCUGGUCCAAUUAUACUAGAAGGCACGUAGCUAUCACAUCAUCACAAUGGCUGACCUCAGUGCCAGAGACGUUGAAAGAGCAAACUUCGUAUUUUCCAUUUACGAUUUUGAGGGAAAUGGCACAGUUGAUGCUGUCAACUUGGGCGACAUGCUCCGUGCCUUGAACCUUAACCCAACCUUGUCUACCAUUGAGAAAGUAGGAGGCACCAAGAAGAAGAAUGAGAAGAAACUGAAAGUGGACGAAUUCUUGCCAAUUUUCAGUCAAAUCAAGAAAGAUAAGGAACAAGGUGGAUUCGAAGAUUUCUUGGAAUGUUUGAAAUUGUACGACAAGGAAGAAAAUGGCAAGAUGAUGGCCGCUGAGCUUUCUCAUACACUUCUGUCUCUAGGUGAAAGAUUAUCAGACACCGAAACAGAUGAACUUUUAAGAGACUGCCUUGAUACUGAAGAUGAUGAUGGAUUCGUCCCAUACGAACCAUUCCUCAAAAAGAUGAUGGCGUAAAUUAUAUGAUGUUAAUUUUAGAAUUUAUUUUAACAACUUGAUAUGCACAACAACUACUGUAUACGAAGCAGAAGAUCUGGUUAACUUCAUCAACAACAAUGAGAGUACAUUCACAAUGAUUUCAUCUACAGAUGUAGAUAGAUUUUCGUUAUAAUGAAUAUAAGCGGUAUAUUCAUAAAGACCUGUUAUAUUCCAAAACAUUAUAUUAUAUUGUCGAAAAUAAACUUAUAUUAUUAAUAAGUCCAAA